CGCCGUGCUGACAAUGGCUGUUCCUCUGGACCGGUUGGCUGUUCCACCUGUUUAUGUUGUGACCCUAAAGGAUGUCGAUGAAAGACCUAUAUGCGAAGCUCAAGUAUACCCCGAACAGUUUUCGUUCCUACAGGGCAGGUGGCGCUACAUGUCUCACAACUUGGCCUGUUAUGGACUUUUGUACUACGUUAUUAAGCUCAACGAGGGCAUCGCCAUUUUUGUUUAUCACUCUAAUAGUCCUGUGGCAACCAUGAAGGCAUCUGCUCAUGUAUCUGUUGCGUUUCUAUUAGUUCCCUACUCUCACUCUGGUAACUGCAGAUUUGUUACAUACCGGAAAAGAGCUCGAUGUAUCGUUGUAUUUCAAAAUUAAUGAAAUUGCCGGGCCUUACACAUGUCGAGCUACAAAUGAACAUGGAACUAUUCAUCACAACUUUAGAAUAGCCGU